GUUAAAUUUUCAUUCAUAUUUGUCUCAAAUUUUAUAAAAAUACUGUUAUUACAAAAUCAAUCACUAUGUCUAUAACAAAAUGUUAUCAACAAAAUAACAGUUUUACGCGAAGAAAUAAUAUAAAUGAAAUAUACCAAUUUAAUAACUUGGACAAAAAUUGUAUUUGUGAAAGGAAUACAAAUUUACCAUGUAUAAUUGUACAUGGUGGUGUAGGAAAUUGUAAAGAUUUUUUGGUUAUUGAGAAAAUAACAGCUUGUCAGAAAGCUGCAUCUAAUGGAUAUAAAAAAUUAAUUAAAGGAGGAAGUUCUAUAGAAGCUGUAGAAGCAGCUUUAUGGUGGUUGGAAUGUGAUGAAUUUUUUAAUUGUGGUUAUGGAUCUGUAUUAAAUGAAAUAGGACAAGUACAAAUGGAUGCAGGUAUUAUGGAUGGAGAUAAAUUUGAAUGUGGCUCAGUAGCAGCAGUUUCAGAUAUAGAACAUCCCAUAUCACUUGCUAGGUAUGUUUUGGAGAAUCUCCCAAAUAAUAUAAUUGUUGGAGAAAAUGCCAAACAAUUAGCACAAUAUGCAAAUAUUAAUUGUUUAUCACAAGGGAAUAUGAUUGCACCGACUGCAUAUCUUGCCUAUAAAUUAAGUGAAAAAGGAAGUUAUUUAGCUGAUUGUGACAUGGAAAAUUUAGAACAUAUUCAAACAUUGCAAAGAUUGCUGCUGGAACAACAACAGGUGGUUUAAAUAGAAAAUUGAUUGGAAGAGUGGGAGAUUCUCCAUUAUUGGGAUGUGGAACAUAUGCUGAUAAAAAUGUAGGAUGUUCUUUAACGGGUCAUGGAGAAUCUAUAAUAAAGCUUGGAAUGGCCCGACGUAUUGCAGAAGAUGUUAA